UUGCUUUCUUUUUAAUGAAAACAAUUCAAUCUGUGUUGUGCAUCAAAAUGUGUUUUUUUAGUCUGAUUUAAAAGUAAUCAAUAAAAAAUAAAUAAUUUUUAAUCCAAAAUCGAGUAAUGCAAGUGUAAAGAAAAAUAAAAUGUGGCUUUUUAUAGUGCUAUCCCUGGUAUUGUCACUAAGUCAUAAUGCGGGCACCACAAAUCAUUAUGCUUUAAAAGAUGAUGGUCUCAUCAAAAGGCGCCUCGACUCACCCUUUCAUUUAAGACAGCCGGAUAAUCUUUAUAGUUUUAUAGAACAAAUACGCUACACGGAAAAUGCCGAAGAGGCAUUUCGAAAAAUGCAACGUAAACGUAGUACAUUGGAUGAUCAUAUUGUCAUAACAGAUCAAUUGUUGCAAAUCAUAUUGGAACGUUCGAAAUGUGUGAGAAUGUAUGUGAAAAUGACAGGUUUAAGUGAUUAUUUGCGUACUACGGGUGCAUCGAUGAAAAGGCUGAAAUUUCCAGAAAAACUGGAAACAAGAAAGGAGUCUAAAGGAGUGGAUCCCAUUUGCCGUGAUUAUGCUGAACUACAGACGGCACGUGAUAAAUAUGCACACUUGAAAAGUUUCAAAGCAGAUACUUUAAAAACUUUGAGAAUAGAACGUGAAGAGAAUCUAUUAAAACAAGAGGUGGGUUUAAAAGAUGCAGAAAGUGUUACCGAGACCAUACAUGAGAUCUCGGUAAAGGGUUUGGCUAAUAAUCCCACUUCAUGGAAAUUUCAUAUGCUGGGUUCCUAUUACUGGCGCUUAACGGGUCAUGCCAAAAAUGCCCUAGACUGUGCACGCCUUUCGGUUAUGCUGGCCCCUGAAGAGAGUAAAGAUAUUCCUCUACUUAGUUUAGGCACUAUUUUAGUAAGGGCAGAGCUGUGGGAUGAUGCAGAGACUAUCUUGAAUGAGGCUAUUAAAUAUGGCCCAAAACAUGGUGAAAAUUAUAUAGCUUUAGCUACACUGCUGGCUUUAAAGCAUGACUUUAAAAGGGCCAGAGAAAAUUUUCACAUGGCCGAGAAACUGGACGAGUCCAUGUUUAAUAAUUCUUUAAAAAUGCGUCAAUACAUUGAAUGUUUGGAGCCAUUGGAUACAGAUGCUACUAAGUUAUUCGGUUUUGUUAAAUACAUGCUAAGGGAAAUCAAAGAGGUCAGUAAAUUACGGCAAGAGAUCUCACAAUAUCAAAAUAAGAUAAUACAACAGCAGACCCCCUUGGCAUCACGCUUUACCGACAAUGAUCCUCAAUUGAAAGCCGAUCUCUUGAAACGUUUUCAAUAUUGUAGCACACGCAAAUCUAACGAAAAUCAAGAACCCGUUUUAUUUUGCGAUUUUUAUUCUGAUUUACAAAUGCAAUUGGAAAGUAAACAAUUCGAUGCUGAACUGCUGGAUUGGCAGGUGAAUCGUUAUAUUAGUCAUUUGUUCGAAAAGUUCCCAUUUGAAUAUAAAAAACAAUUGGAAAUACUUUACAAUAAUGUUAAGGCCGUGUCGCCCACAAAACUGGGAGUUUAUAGUAUGUAGUUUAAGAGAUAUUAGUUUAAACCGUAAUAUUUUUUCAGUUUAAGUUUAUAUUUUAAAAGGCAUGUUUAGUCAAUUAAACUGUAGUUUUUUUAAUUAUAAGAUUUGUGAUAUCAUAUCACUGAUAUGUUUCUUUCGGCUUAAGAGUGAUAAGUUAUAAAUGUAUUUUAUAAAAUUUAUUAUUUAAUAAUUAUAUUGCUCUCAAAAUUAUAAUAAUUAACUUAUAUACAUAUACCUUUAUAAAAGCAAUAAUAAACAAUAUGCGUAAUCUUUUUAUAA